GUGAGCGCCAGCCCCGGCGUCGCCCGCGCCGCUUCCGCGAACGCCGCCGCGGACGCGGACCGCAAAGUCGUCGUCAUCACCGGCGCCAACACCGGCUUGGGGAAGAUAUCCGCGACGGAGAUCGCGCGCGAUCCCUCGUACAGGGUCGUGAUGGCGUGCAGGGACCAGGCGCGAGGGGACAAGGCCGCCGACGACGUCGCCGCCGCCACCGGCAACCGCCCCGACGUCAUGCUCCUCGACCUCGCGUCGCUCCGAUCGGUGGAGGACUUCGCGAAACGCUUCGAGGAUACCUACGGGCGGUGCGACCGGCUGAUGAACAAUGCCGGGGUCAUGGCGUUACCCAAACGAACCGUCACCGUGGAUGGCCUCGAGACGCAGAUGGGGGUGAACCACUUCGGGCACUUCCACCUCACCAACCUCAUGAUGCCCGCCAUCCGAGCCGCGCCCGGGCGAAAAAGGAUCGUCGUCCUCUCCUCCGUCGCGCACGAGUUCGGGCAUCCCGACUUUGACAACUACAACUCCACGGGCGCCUUCGGGUACCUCGGCAGCGGGUGGCUGACGUACGGCAAGACGAAACUCGCCAACCUGUACUUCACGUACGAGCUGCACCGGCGGCUGAGGAACAACGGGGUCCUCGACGUCGACGUCAACGCCGUGCAUCCCGGCAUCGUCGACACCGACCUCCCGCGGUCGCUCGCGCUGAACUUCUACCCGCUGCUGCGACGAACGGGCGGUUUGAUCACGCCCGCGCAGGGGGCGACCGGACAGAUCGACGCGUGCGUCGGUGGGGCGUGGGAGGGAAUCAGCGGCAAGUACGUCGCCGAGCAGUCGGGGCCGAGGGGGAGCGAGGUUGGGCCCGGGGGCAAGAAAGGGGUCUUCAAGGUGACGGAGAGCUCGAGGUACAGCUACGAUCAGGAGGCUGCCGCGAGGUUGUGGAAGGUGAGCAAGGCGCUGACGGGGGCGGGCUGGGAGGCGCUCGGGGAGGGGAAGGUGGAGAAGGCGUCCGUGGCGGUCAGCAGCUGGAUGUGACGUCCACCAGGAGGGCUUGAUUUGUUUGUGAACGACGACACUUGUCCGUUUU